AUGGAACGACUGAAGAUCCGUUUUGCCCAAGGUGACCUUGCAAGGAUCUCCACAUUACAAAUGGAAGCCACCACCUUGUCCCAAGGCGAAUUUUCUGUCACUGAAUUCUACCACUAUUACUUGCACCUACUGCAAUCGGAUGUGUGUUUCAAGAAACAUGGAUAUCCUCCUGGCCAUAAGUUUUCCGAUAACAAACUCGGCCAUAUUCAUAAUGUUUCAACCGCCCGUGAUGCCAUUCAACCGAACGGAUUGGAUCCUGAUCAUUCUUCUACCGAGACCAUUCAAAUCACACCUCAACAAUAUCAAAUUCUUGCCGACCUGUUCAACAAAUCUGAAUCUAAUGCUCCCAAUGUUCACAUUAAUCAAGUAGGGACACUCUCCACCAACACCUCUCCAGAUAUCACUCAGCUUGAUAAUAAUUGUAAUGAUAUCUCUGAAAGUGUAAGGCGUUCUUCUAGACCCCGAACGACUUCGGCUUACUUAAAAGAUUAUAAAACUAAUAGCAUUGUCCGCUACCCCAUCAAAGAUUAUCUUUGCUACAAUCGUCUUUCAAAUCAUUACAAGCAUACUAUUUUGUCUAUAACUUCUAAUACUGAACCAAACUCUUAUUCUGUUGCUUCUAAAAAUCCCGAAUGGGUUACUGCCAUGUGUGUUGAACUUGAUGCCCUACAGGCUAACAAUACUUGGGUCCUCACCACUUUACCCCCUAAUAAACUGCUAUUGGUUUGUCCGUUGGGUUUUUACAAAAUUAAAUACAAUUCUGAUGGCUCGGUCGACCGUUAUAAAGCACGUCUGGUCCGCCAAAGGAUACAACCAAAUAGAAGGGUUGGAUUACUUAAACUUUGCUCCUGUCGCCAGCUCACUACCCCGUCCGGCUCCUUCCUUGCCAUAGCUGCCACAAAGAAUUGGUCACUAAAACAGUUGGAUGUUAACAAUGCUUUCCUCCAUGGUGAUCUUCCAUGA